GGUUUAUUGAAACUGUGUUAAAUACGGAAGUUUAUUUUCUUUAUUGUGUUCAUUUUUUUAGAUGAAAAAGGUCACUCAUAAUCUAUUUUAGAUUAUACUGCAGUUAGAGAACAGUUUAGUAAAACUGCCCUUGUGACAGUUAGUGUUGCAUGACAACUCUUAAGUGUAUUAAUUUUCUAUUUAAUUACCUGGAUUUUAAUGAAAAUGUUUAUGUUAUUUAUAGCAGUGAAGUGUUUACAUUGAUUGGAUACAUAGAAAUUUAUAGGACUACUUGGAUGUAUUAAUUAAAGUUUGUAAGAACGUCUUGAAAUUUUUAGUUUCCUGCAUAAACAAUAACAUUUGACGUGUGAUGUAAACACUUCUUUGAACUAUAAAUUUAUUACUGAAGAAAGUAUUAAUUUUGAGAAACAAACUUAUAAUGGAUAAGGAAAGACCAAAAACUUUUUUAAGUCGAGGUAAUUCUGAGCCUAAUGGGGAACAUUUGAAGAAACCUCAUACUAGGGUUCACCAGAGGUCAGAUCCAGGUCUACAAGGUUCCACUCUAUCUCUAAUCACAGAAGACUCGGGUCAUGAAUCAAAGAGCGUGUCAAAUCUUUCAAAGACUGUUGGUCACCCACCUGUUCCUGCUAUAGUUAGGAAUAGACACGGCUCGGACAGUGAGUUUAAGCCUAAAAGACCUAUGACACGUGCUACUACUAAAAACUUUGUUUAUCUCGAUCAUCCAGAUUACUUGAAAAAAGUUGCAAUCUGUGGAUAUGGUGAUACCAUCUUCUAUGAUUUAAAUCAGAACCGCCCACUAGCCGCUAUAGUACAGGAUAUAUGUGACAAAUGGACGUUACAAAAUGUGGAAGAUUAUGCACUUCAGUUCUCGGAGCCGAGUCGACAAAUAUAUAUCACAGAACAUAGCCGGACAGAAAUUCAGAAUGGCAAUGUACUGCAACUCACAGAUUCACCUAGUCGAGCAGCACAGACGAUCAUUGACAAGUUAGCGGAGGGAAAUCGUGAGGACAAGAUUGAAGCAUUAAAGAAUUUGUCUAUGAAAUGUUCUGAUGCAACGUUCUCCCACGAGUUUAUCAAGAAAAAAGGACUAAAGCUUAUCAUAGAUUAUGUUAUAGCAGGGAACAAAAGUUUUAAUGGAGAUCCUCUGAUGUUCUUAUUGAGGUCAUUUGUUGCCUUAAUGGAACAUAAUGUUGUCUCAUGGGAUAUUCUGGAACCAGAGUUUAUUAAACAGGUAGCUACAUGUAUAUCUGGGGCGCGUGCAGCAGGGGAUGGCUGUAUACAACCUUCAUUAGAGAUCUUAGAAAGUGUGAUAUUACACAGUACUGAUAUUGCUAAGAUGGAAUCAAUGGAGCAAUUUAUUACACCUGAUAAAAUCGUACCAUACAUGCAAAGUUCCAAUGCAGAUGUACAGCAGAGUGCAUUAGCUCUUCUUAAUGCCAUGUUUAUUAAAUCAUCACCAGAGAAAAAACAGAAACUAGCCGUUUUCUUCCAGUCUAAAACAUUUAGAAGUGGCUUGUCAGCAGGCAUUUUAGAAAAAUUUAAUAGUAUAGGGCCAGAGAUGGGACAUCAGUUAUAUAUAUAUCAACGAUUAAUGUUGAAUAUGUAUGAAGGUAGAAUGAACACAGGUGUAAAUGUUAAUGACGCUGCACAGGUGGCCAGUGUAAAUAAAUCUAUUGAAGACCUGAGGAAGGUAGCGUUUGACUUCUCAGAUAUAGCCGAAGUUACUUCAGGACAGGCUAGGAAGUCGGCCAUUUCUAAAGAUCUGAAGAAAUUAGGUUUUGCUAAUCAAACUGAGCCCGUUCAGGACUUUGAGGCGGCACCACCAGGAUUGUUAGCUUUAGAUAAUAUGACCUAUUUUGCACAAGUACAUAAAGAAUCCUAUAUCAAGGUUGUUCUAGAGAACUGUGGGCGAGCCAACGAGCAAGAUUGUCCAUUUGUACAGGCCAGUAUCAAACUUACCAAAAUACUCUGUGAUCUGUUAAAGAUUGGAGAAAGUUUGUAUGAUGAUGAACACUUUUAUUACCCCAUGUUUUUCUAUGUUGAUAAACCAGUGGAAGAAUUCUUCUCAUAUUGUAUACAAACACUAAAUAGAACAUGGAAAGAAAUGAGGGCUUCCAAAGAAGAUUUUUCUAAGGUAUUGAGUGUUGUAAAUGAGCAGAUUACUCGUGCAUUAGACAAGAAUCAAAUGCCAAAGUCAUUUGAUCAGUUCAAGAGCAAAGUUGCGAAUCUAGCAUACCCAGAGUUGAAGAAAAUAUGGGAGGCAGAAAGGCAGAAAAAAGAUGAAAGCAAAGCUCAGGCUAAACCAAUAUUAGAACUUAGAGAGAUCAUUAAACCCGAGAUAACAGAGUUGAUACGUAAACACCGACUUACAUACCUAGAAGGUGGAUCAAGAUUCCCAAAGUUUGAUAACAGGGGAAACAGAAUAAAAAAUCGGUAUCAGUUUUGGCGACUGUCACCAAAUCAUAAAGCGUUCCAUUAUGGAGAUUGUAAUGAGAAAGAAGAGUUAAGUUUAGAGCAGUUACAAAAUAAAGUCUCUGUCAUGGAGAUCAAGGAACUUGUUGUAGGCAAAAACUGUUUGCCAGUCAAAAAUACCAAACGGAUGCAGCCAGAGUUGGCAUUCUCUAUAGUAUUAGAAUCAUCGAGGGCUGACGAUGAAGUAGCUCAUCAUUUCCUAGCUAACAAUGAUCAAGAAUAUAUGAUCUGGACUGAUGGAAUUAAUGCACUACUUAACUGUAAAAUGACAAGUCAAAAGACCAGACAAGAUAUGGAUGUAUUACUAAAUAUGGAAGUAAAAUUACGAUUAUUAGAAACAGAAGGAAUUACAAUUCCCAAGGAGCCGCCACCGAUCCCACCAAUGCCUGCUAACUUCAAUUUUGCUUAUACUACAGCCUAGCUUUAACCUGCUAACAUUUAUUGUGCUAAAUUAUUGUUAUUGUAUUUCCUUGCUUUCAAUUUAGAACUCCCCAUUGUUCACUUAAGGAAUUCCAGUAGAUUAGACAGCCAUGUCAGACUUAAUGUGUAUACUGAUCAGGCUAAAUCUGUACUGGUAACAUAGUCUGUUGUAUUUGCAGCUAACAUUCUGAGUUUUAAGGCACAUUAUGCCGCAGAAAUUCAGAAAUAUUUUUUGUUCUUUUUGAGGAGAUGCAAUCAUGUGUUUAAUAAUGUUUUAAUAAUAAAUUUAAAACAUCAAAGAGGCUUAUCAGUAUAGGAAAAGUAGUGCUGAAUGUGAAAUAAAUUGUAAUAAAGAUAGCAAAAUAUAAACAAAUAGUAUUUCGACUUUCAUACAAAAAUACUAAAGCACCAUAACAGUGCCAAUUUCUAAACAGCAAACAAAGCUAUUGGCUCAUUGAGUGUUUUUUCAGAUAUUGCAUCAGGACCUCAUUACUGAAACAUUUUUGAUAAAUUUUUGAUAAAUGAAAAUAGCUGCAUUGUAGGGGGCAUAAUGGGCCUUUAAAAUAACAAAUCUCGUCUACUUUUUGAGGAAAUGUUGUUUCAGAAUAAGACUACAGUAUCUGUAUAUGAAAGUUUGUACACACUUGUAGUAGUAUUGCACUGAAGUGUUUGAUAUUAUUUUUUUUUCAUUUUAUAAUCAUUGUAACAUACAUGUGAAGUCUCCUACUUUAAGUGGGAGACUCCCACUUUCUGCAGCCAUAUUUUCAAAGAUUUUUCUUAAAAUAAGAGGUAUUUUCACAAAUUUAAGAAAUUUCCCCAUUUUUGGUAUCAGGAUUUCCUUCUUUGUUUAUUGCAAAUUCUAAAAUCUCCCACUUUUUGAAGAAAAAUCUCCCACUUGAGUUAUUUUGAAAUGCGCUGGCCAGGCUACAAACUGUAAAGUAAGAUUUGGUGGUUGUUAUAGAUACUUGCAGUUUUGGGUUAAAAGAACAGAUGAUACAAUAUGAUUUUAUGUUCUUCUGUCAUGAAUAGAUAGAUACACAUGCUAAUUUGUAAAUGUUUUAAAUGUCAGUAACUUUACUUACUCUAUUUUAAGACUUUCAUCAAAACUGAAUUAUGAAGAAAUAACCCAUUCAGGCAUUGUUAUGUGACUGAAAUUAAACUAUAAACAUGAUUUUGCUGAUUGUUGAACAAACAAAGAUAUUAUUGAACAUUUAUAAGAAACAGAUUAAAUAUAAAAUUUGAAAAUAAAAACAAUCAUAGCCAAAUGUUAUUUUGACUUGUACUUUCACCAGUCACACUUGGUGAGCAUUAUGCCACUUUAAGUUAGUUAUUGGGACUUACACAUAUUUUGUUUAAAAGCUUUUAAUGUGCAAUAUGUAUUAUAUAUAUAAUUGUAUAUAAUAUUCUUGUAUACAUGUUUAUGAUGAAAUAUUGACUGUUUUAACGAAUUGUCUUAUUUUAUGUAUUUUAUUCAAAGUAACAUACAAUACUAUUCUUCACUUUAUAUCUCUACGUUGGUGUGUAUGUAUAGAGUCAAAUAUUUGUAUAAUGAUUACGUCUGUUAAAAAAAACAAAAAAAAACAAAAAAAACAAGAUUUAUAUUUUUCAUCAAAUUGUGGUGAAGUAAUUCCCCCUGUAUAUCCAUUUUUUGACAUGUAUGUCUUUUCUCCACUUAGAGGGACCAUUUUGUCACUUUGGUGCAGUAACAGGUUAAGUCUUUCUAAAUUUAAUAGGAGUUAACUAAGUCAUUGCACUAAGGUGUAAGGUGUUUCUGUUUUAUUACCAUUGUUGUAUCUAUGGUAAAUUUUGUCAUCUUUUUUCAGGAAUUUUACAUUUUUUCUAUAAUCUAUAUAUAUAUAUAAAUUGAGGAGACUAUUUUGUGUAGUUUUGAUACAUCUUACGGUCACAAUAAGGAUCUAUUUGCAUGAUGUUAUUUCUUUUAUUUUUUUUCUGCUGUACCAAAUUCUUCCAUUGAAUGAAUGCUACAUACAUGUAUUUCUGAAUGAUUUAAUGUAGAUUGUUUAUAUGUUACAUGAUAAUGUAUGUGUGAUAUGUUUUCUACAGUUUAGUCAAAAAUAGAGUUUAUACAACUUUUAGUGUGCUAUGGUUUUUAUCGCUAAUUAGUAAUGUUGUGCUUUGAUUGAUAUUAUAUUUAAUAGUAAUAUGCCCUUCUCAAUGGCAAAGAUGAUAAGAUAAAUGUUGUCAAAUCAUUCUCAUUUCAUAACUGUGUGCUAUCAGGUUAUAUAGUAGAGCAUGUUUGUAACGUCACUUUUUAUUGGAUAAUAUUGUGAUGUUUAUAGAAACUUUAUACAUGGCUGCUGUCAAUUUAUAAAGUAUUUUUUUCCCCUCUUAUAAGGAAAAUUUGCUGUAUUAUGAAUUUGUUAUAAAGAUUCUUGACAAUGGCUUCAGUUAUGUAUGUAAACAACUGUUUGUAUAGGGCAAAAAAACAACCUGUCACAAAUCUUCAUAACUAAUAAUAUAGCUGUUUGUAUCACGCUAUUCUGUUAUACUUUGAUGGUUCUUUUAGUUUUCCAUGUGAUAAGAUAAGUUAUCUUGGACAUUAAGACUAAUGGUCAAUUGUCUUCAACCUCUGAAUCAGAAUCUUGUGGGAUUAGUAGUCUUGUCACUUGCUGAGAAAUUGGAAAUUACAGGUUAGUUAUCAAGGAAAACAGGUCAGGUUAUCUUCGGACAUUUGACCAAAAAACGUGUUAAAAUCUGCAAAAAAACAAAAAAACUCUUUGACUGUCUGAAGUAUUCUGCCAGUACAAGUAAAAUCUUGAACAUCACAUAUGACGGUGUUAGAAUUGUUAAAUGAUUUUAUGUCGUAAUUGUUGAUGAAAACUGCAUAAUUAUUACUUUUUACUGUGUAUAUGACACCAUUCUUCAUUCCAUUUGUAUUGUUUGUUGAAAAUGAUAUAGAAGAGAAUAAAUGAUCUGAAAUAUUA